AUGACCCAACAUCAUCAACGACUGGCUGCGGCUGAUUCGACGACAUCAAUACGCUUCGAGGUCUACUCGAACACGCAGAUCACUGUACCGCAUUUGCACCUCCACCCAAAUUCUACUCCGCCAUUUGGCCAUCUUUACAGUUGCGUCAUUGGCGCGGGCAUUUCCUACUCCCUCCACCCAACCGCCGCCAUGGAAACAUUCAAAUCUCUUUUUGCGAAGCCUGAUCCUCAGGCCCAGAUGCGCAAAUGCAAUGCGUUGAUGAGGCAAAACAUCCGCAAGAUCGAUCGCGAUAUCCAGACUGUUAAACAAGUUGAAUACAAGACGAAGAACCUCAUCCUCCAAGCCGACAAGCGAGCCCAGCGCGACCCAUCCCGCGCCAAACAAGCCCAACAAGAAGUUCGCGACUUUGCUCGCGAGCUCGUUCGCGCCCGAAAGACCUCAGCACGCCUCAUAACAUCCAAGGCGCAGCUUAACUCGGUGCAGAUGCAGGUACAGGAGGCCUUUGCUGUGCGAAAGAUUGAAGGGUCCAUUCGAGCGAGUGUCGGUAUCAUGAAGGAUGUUAACUCGCUUAUCCGUCUACCGGAACUGGCUGGUACCAUGCAAGAACUGAGCGUAGAGCUCAUGAAGGCGGGUAUCAUUGAGGAGAUGGUCGAGGAUUCGCUUCCUGCUGACGGCGACAUGCUUAUGGAGGACGAGGAGGUUGACGGAGAGGUUGACAAGGUCUUGGGAGAGAUUCUCAAGGACCGCAAGCAGCCCACUCUGCCUGUGGCGCCUGUACCGGAGCCACAGAAACCCCAGGAGGAAGAGGAGGAGGAGGAAGAUCCAGAAGCUAUGAUGGACCAGAUGCGCAACCGGUUAGAGGCGCUUCGAAGUUAG